AUGGAAGGAUAUCUUAAAAAGUGGACUAACAUAGUUACUAGGUGGCAAGACAGAUACUUUAUUUUGAAUGAUCACAUUCUCCAUUAUUGUGAGCAUCAAGGAGGAUAAUCCAAAGGUUAAGUCCAUUUAAAGGUGGCCGCAAUCAUAUUGGUUCCUGAAGAUCCUUUAAGAAUCAUCUUAAACACAGGGACAAACGAAAUAUAGUUGAGAGCUUCGAGUGUACCUGAAAAAAUAGAAUGGGUGAAUGCUUUAAAAAGAGCUUAAGAAAGUUGUUAGGAAACUAUUUCUCGAGAUCAUAUCAAAGAAGUGAAUGACAUUCUAACUGACAUUUGGGUUACACAAGCAGCAUUUGAUGAAACCCUAAACAUACUUGUACCUAAAUUGGAGAGAUAACCAAAGUAUGUAGAAUUGGCUGAGAAAUUAAGUGAAUUAGGAUAAAAGAUUAAAAUGAAUGUGACAAUAUGCACUUAAUUGUUGGAAGUGGAAAAAGAGAAGUUAGAAACUCAACAGUCAGGAGAUAAUUAAACUUUAUUUUAAUCAUUUAGAAAUAUCUCCAGCAGGAUUGACGAUUUCAAUAGAUAAAGUUCAGCAAUUAGUUCUAGUAGUUCUUUGUCAAUCCAAGACAUCUUAGAGCCUCUUAGAUACGACUAACCAAUUAAAUAUAAAAAUCUUAUAAACAAUUCUGUGUUCUAAAAAAUCUAAUUCACAAGUCAACAAUUUAGAACUGCUUUACCUAGAACUUAAGACCCAAAUGAGAAGCUGAAAGUUUGGAGUUUAAUUAAGGACUUGAUUGGUAAAGAUCUUUCAAAGUUUGCUGUUCCUGUAUAUUUUAAUGAGCCUUUGUCUAUGCUUUAAAGAUUGGCUGAGAAUCUAGAAUACUAUCAAACAUUAAUUGAAGCCAAUCAAGAAUAAGACUAGUGGCUCAGGAUGUGCUAUGUUAUGGGAUUUGGAGUCAGUGCUUAUUCUAGUAAUAUAGAUAGACAUAAGAAACCAUUUAAUCCUAUUUUAGGUGAGACUUUCGAAAUCUAAAAUAAGUAAUUCAGAUUUGUAAGUGAAUAAGUUUCUCAUCAUCCUCCUAUAUCUGCUGGCUUUGCAGAAUCGAAUGAUUUUGAAAUGUAGAUGUAAACAGAUCUAUAGACUAAGAUGUCCCCCAGAUCCAUGGAGGUGUAACCUAUAGGAAAUGUCUACAUUAAACUAAAACAAUGUAAUGAUCAAAUCUCUUAUAAUAAAUGCACUACAAAAGUUCACAAUAUCAUUUUUGGAAACAUGUACAUUGAACAUAUUGGUGAAAUGGUUUUUCAUAAUCAUACUACUAAUGACAAAGGAGUGUUGACUCUUUCUGAAAAUUUUAAAAUGGUUGGCACUGUUUGUGAUAGUCAUGGAAAAGAAAAGUAUAAAUUGAAAGGAUAAUGGAAUGAUUAGCUGAUUGCUCUUAAUGUUUAAACAGGAUAAGAAACUGUUGUAUGGAAGAGAUAUGAAUUACCUUAAGAUUAUAAAAAUUACUUCUACUUUACUAAAUUUGCUAUGAAUUUGAAUCUACUCAAUAUAGAUCUAAUUAAAUCACUCCCAUGCACUGAUUGUAGAUUAAGACCUGAUUAGCUAGCUUUGGAAUAUGGGUUCAUUGAUUUGGCAGCCGAUGAAAAGAAUCGAUUGGAAUAGAAACAAAGAUAGAGAAGAAAGGAAAUGCAAAUUGCUGGUUAAAAGCAUAUGCCAUAAUUUUUUGAAUUGAUUAAGGAACCAUGCACAAACGAGAUGGUUUAUAAAUACAGAGGUAAUUAUUGGAGGAAGAAAGGAGAAGGCAUGGACUUGUUUUGA